CAGAGAUGCCCUGACUGCAGGAGAUGGUUUAGUGACAGCUCGGAUCUGGUCUAACGGUGACACCAUCCCACAGGCACCAUGUCCUACACCUGUCCUGACUGCGGGAAAGGUUUUAGCAGGAACUCAGCUUUCAUCAAGCAUCAACGGGUCCAUACGGGUGAGAAACCCUUUAAAUGUUCCGAGUGUGGGAAGGAGUUUACUCAGAGUUCCAGUUUAUCACAGCAUCUACGCGUCCACAUGGGUGAGAAACCCUAUAAGUGUCUGGAGUGUGGGAAGGAGUUUACCCGGAGCUCCAGUUUAUUAGAGCAUCAACGGAUCCAUACAGGAGAGAGACCCUAUAAGUGUCUGGAGUGUGGGAAGGUUUUUUCCCGGAGUUCCAAUUUAUCACGUCAUCACCGCAUCCACACAGGAGAGAAGUUGUAUCCCUGCACUCACUGUGGGAAAGCCCUCAGCAAUAGCACCUCUUGGAUUAAUCACCAACAUGUCCAUACUGAGGAAAAACCCUACACGUGUCCCCAGUGUGGGAAGGGCUUCCCAGCCAUCUGGAAUUUCACCCAACACCUACGGAUCCAUACAGGUGAACGUCCCUACAAGUGUCCUGACUGUGGGAAGAGCUUUGUCAGGAGCUCUGAUCUCAUCAGGCAUCGUCUCACCCACACAGGAGAGAAGCCCUACUCGUGUCCCCACUGCUCCAAGAGCUUCAGGCGAAGCUCCCAUUUGCUGAAUCAUCAGCAGCUCCAUAGGGGUGAUCGACCCUAAAGCUGCUCCCAGUGUGAGAAGAGUUUUUACCAGAGCUAUGAUCUCAUCUCUCAUCACCAGACCCACCUCAACCAUCACCAGAAAUGAAGGGGCCUGGUCAAGGUCACCACAUUUUCCAAGCUUGAGAGUUUCCAUGCUUUGACAUCUUUAAGAUGUUGGGUUUUUUUUUUUGCAAGCAAGUGAUUAUGACACACUCCUCAGUGGACAUGGCAGGAGAGGGCCAUGUCUGUUUCUAUUAUUUGGUAGGGAACACCCAUAUGGAGCAUUUUAUUAUGACUUUGCAGCAGGAGUUUUAAAGUAAACGGGAGAGAUAGGCUGGGAUUGUGUCAUUUUGAGGUGA